CCGUCGGAUGGGGAGUGCCGGGAGUUAUGGGGCAGCCCCCCUCGCAAGAAGGGGGUCGCGGCUCCUCAUGCUUCAGAUCCCUUAGCAACUUAGCAACAACAAACAUACGAAGUAUAGAAUUGCUGGUAGUGAUGAGAACAUCCUGGUUCACAGAAUGGUCAGUUUUUGUCCACAGUGUGGACAGAAGGUAGCGGCAGCAUUCAACUUUUGCCCCUCCUGUGGAGGCAGGCUGCCUCCACAAGAAGAGGAGCCUAUGCAGAUUACUCCGAGUUCUUCCUGGAAGGCAUUAAACCAGGAUCAGAUGCAAAGAUCUCCUGCAAAGACAAAGGUGGAGAUAGUUUCACCAGGCAAAGAACAAGCAUCUGCUUCAGUUAAGCAAGACCUCGCACAGGCUUCAGCACCUACCAUAUCCCCAAAGGCAAAAGCAAAGCCUCUUCCCCGACCUCCCAAGAAAAACAAGCUUGCCUCUGUGAAACCUCUCCCAGAAGGUCAAAUCCUGACAGAUCUGAACAGGAAGCAAUGGAUACUUAAAAAACUUCUGCGCCAGAGUGACUGUGGGCUGAUAUAUGAAGCAAAUUCAGCAUGUGGAGCCUACCCUCCAAAGCAGAGAUGUUGCCUUAAACUUGAUGUCAAGGAUGGGAGGCUCUUCAAUGAACAGAACUUCUUUCAGCGUGCUGCAAAGAAAGCCACGGUUGAGAAAUGGAAAAAAGAGCAUUCACUGCCAUUGCUUGGAAUCCCUGAUUGCAUUGGCUUUGGCCUCCAUGAAGGUAUUUACAGGUUCCUGGUCUUCCCUGCUGUGGGUCGCUCCCUUCAGUCCGUCCUGGAUGACUGUGCAAACAAGAUGACGGAGAAAGCUGCCUUGCAGCUUGCGGUCAGACUGCUGGAUGUGCUGGAGUACCUCCAUGAGAAUGAAUACACACAUGGGGAUAUCACUGCCGAAAACAUAUAUGUGAAACCGACUGAUCUUGCUGUGGUCACCCUUGCAGAUUACUGCUUUGCCUUCCGGUACAGCCCUGGGGGAAAGCACGUGUCUCACCGUGAGGGCAGCAGGACUCCUCAUGAGGGUACCUUGGAGUUCAUCAGCCUGGACAGCCAUAAAGGAGCUGCACCAUCCCGUCGGAGUGACCUCGAGUCCUUGGGUUACUGUCUAGUGAAGUGGCUGUGCGGCUUCCUUCCCUGGUCUGAGGAGCUGACAAAUCCCUGUGUGGUCAUGGAGAGAAAAGAGAGGUACAAAGCAGAUGUUAUCAAGCAUCCAAGGCUGUCCUAUGGUUGGAGAGCAAUUCCAGAAGCCCUGCAAAGCUACUUGCAGCAAGUAAUGCCCUUGGACUAUGAGGAGAGGCCAGACUAUGAAGAGCUGCGAACAGUCCUGAGGAGGCCUCUCGAGCGGAUGAGGACAUCUGCCUAUGACUCCGUGGACCUCAGGGUAGCACCCUAGGCUUCCAGAAACAUGGGAGCUGAAUAGCAAGAGAAGUGAUCCACAAGAGUAAUGAGUCAUGCUCUGCUUCGCAGGACCCUGAAGCCUGCUGCAGAGAAUCAAGCCCCCGGGGAUGUCCUUUCCAUUUUGUUUUUUGUGCCUCACUCUCAGAUUGGAGGGGGGAUUUCUUGGAACUGCUGGAACCCUGCUGUGACUUUUUGUAGACCCUGUUUCUAUCCAGCUACAUAACUCGGUGAAUAGUAGCUAAUGUGAAGCCUGAAUGCAUAUUUGGCAGACUCCUAAUUAGGAAUGUUUUCACAGGUAUGGGGCACUGAGCCUAAUUGGGGACAGGGCAAGUUGAUUUUAAGAGUGCAUUCUUCUGAUUUAUUUUUAAAUUGUAUAGUGUCUUAAUUGUAAGCUGCCUUAGAGACCCGUUGGCAGGCAGAGAUAAACAUGUUUUAAUAUAUAUAUAGGCUUUUUGUAAUAAACUCCUAAACUAAACAUA